CGCGAUCUAAAAAUAACACUGGAGCAAAGUGUCACUGUAAACUUCGCAACCUCAAAACAUCGAGCUUUAUUUAUGACACAAGAACAAGUUACAAAUUGCUGAAGGUAAACGAGAUUCUUCGCUAUCUGCCUGCUUAUAAGAGCUACUAUCCAGUCAUCCGUCUAGUCGUUCUCAUUGCACACCGUUGCUUUACAGAGGUUAUCGAAUUAAAUCCAUCAGAUACGACAUGCCACCCAUAACAGCUGCAGAAGAAUUUUCUAAGAAUAUUAAUAUGAAGCAGGAACACAUUGAAUACCUGAGAAACUGGAUGUCGAAACAGCCUCACCUGCCGAGUGAAGUUACAGACGAACAGCUGAUCCUGUUUCUACACAGCUGUCAGAACCACCUGGAGGCCUGUAAGAGAACUAUACAAGCAUACUACAAAAUUCGUUCGAAUUCACCGGAAAUAUUUGGAAACAGAGAUCCUAACGGGCAUGAUGUGCAGCAAGUUUUGUCCAUACUUGAAUUUGCUGUUCUUCCGAAGAAGGACCAGCACGGGAAUGCAGUGAUGGCAGUUCGAUUCUCGGAUCUGGAUGUAACGAAGUUCUCGCAUUCAGGUGCACUCAAAACAUAUUUCAUGGUUCAAGAUGUCUUCAUGCUAGAGAACGGUACAGUUCCUGGGUAUGUCUUUCUGAUGGACCCGAAGGGCUGUAGAUUCGAACACCUCUCCAGGUUGACACUCUCUUAUACGAAGAUGUACGCCGAGUAUAUUCAGGUUUGUCUGUUUCAGGACGCUUUCCCUGGCAAUGUUGUGGCAAAUCAUUUUCUGAAUGCCAACUACGUCACGAAGGCAAUGAUGGCUAUGUUAAAACCAUUUCUUAAGAGCUGCAUGUCUAGAAAGAUCUUCAUUCACACUUCGAUGAAUACGUUGUACGACCACGUCUCAAAAGACGCACUACCUAAGGAGUAUGGAGGAAAACUGGAUUCACUGACGACUUAUCACAAAAUGAUGGUGGCACAGCUGGGUCACUACAGGAACUGGUUUCAAGAGGAGGAAACCUUUCUCAUGGAUGAGUCAAAGAGGCCUGAAAAGCAAAAGGACGAAAGAAGAGUACUCGACAAUGAACAUUCAACGAAAAUGUUGGAAAUUGAUUAACAAAUUCAAACAGCACAGCAUAAAAGCUCAUUCACCUACAAGUACCACAAAAAACAACUGCGCUUGAUAUAACCAGUCACAAGACUAAAGUUAUUUGCUAAACAAUUUACAAACAACAAAUUAUAUAAUUAUAUAUAUUACAAGGUACUGUGAUUCUUAAACUGCGUUCACAAAAACGUAAUUCCUUGAUUUAACUAAAACCACCAGACACCACCUAAUACGGAAACAGUGGCAAAUCUCAAAAACUUUAUUUAUAUUUUCUGCUCCAAAUGAUAUCCCCAACAACCUCCUCUAGUAUUUUACUACAACUCUGAAUCAUUCUGCGAGUGAAGUAAUUUUUUAUCAGUUACAUAUUAAUCUAAGUUUAGAUCCAUAGAAAAUAAAGAGCUACUAUUUAUGGCAUACGAGUAUACUA